AUGGCGUCUCAGCUCGUGCUGCCGUUUUCAAUGGCGUGGGCCGCCAUGAUGGGUGCUCUCGCGCCUCGUGGCAUAUGUAGGUACAUUCCCGGCGACGCAGGGUGGCCCAAUGCCACGGACUGGGACGCCCUCAAUGCCACGGUGGGAGGUCGAUUGAUCAAGAACGUGCCUGUGGCGGCUGUGUGCCACACGGCCGGCACUUUUGCCGCCUACGACAAGGAGGCUUGCGAGAAGCUGGCUCGAGACUGGCGAGAUGCCAGUGCGGAAACUUUAUUCCCUCAGCCCGGCGAGAUGUGGCACCCGUACUUCCAGAAUCAAAGCUGCACGCCGUUCACCGCGCCAGAAGUCCCGUGUGAGCUGGGGAACCGCCCUGUGUACUCGAUCAACGUGACCGGAGUGGCCGACGUGCAGGCAGGCUUGAAAUUCGCCACGGAGAAGAAUGUCCGCCUUUCUGUCAUGAACACCGGUCUCGACUACCUGGGAAAGUCCUCAGGUCAAGGCUCUUUAGGCCUGUGGGUAUACAAUCUCAAGACCCAGGAGAUUAUUCCCGAGUACACGAGUCCGUCUUACUCUGGCCCGGCGCUCAGGAUGGGAGCGGGCGUCAUCUCUGGCGAGACCAACGAAUUGCUCGCCCGGGCGGGAUACCGCGCCGACCUUGCAUCGUGCGGACUGACGGGCGUCGUGGGCGGCUAUCUUCAAGGUGGCGGACAAGGACAGCUGAUAUCGGCCCAUGGCAUGCCGGCAGACAAUGUCCUUGAAUGGGAGGUGGUCACCCCUACUGGGGAGCAUGUCAGCGCUUCUCCGGAACAGAACCCGGACCUGUAUUGGGCGCUCACGGGCGGCGGAGGAGGCACAUACGGAGUUGUUCUCAGCGUCGUUAUCAAGGUGUUUCGCGAUGGCCCCAUCGCCGGCGGACAGCUGAUGGUGCAAAGUGAGAACUCCGAGGCCAUCUGGGACGCCGCCCGGACUUGGAUUGAACACUUGCCACGCCACGUUGAUGGAACACGAAACCUCUUCCACUUCGGCAUCACCAAGACCAUCUUCUGGGUCUUUGCCUUCAUCAUGCCCGACCAAGACACGACAGCCAUCGACGCUCUGCUGCGCCCGUUUCUCCCGGAACUCGAUCGGCUGGGUCUCGGCUACGAGCUGACCACCGUCAACUACACGAACUACCUCGACGCCUAUCUCUCCACGUACGGCCCUCUUCCCUACGGCGCCAUCUGCCCCAAGUGGCCCAUCAUCUCCAGCCGCCUGAUUCCGCGAUCGGUGUUGGCGGACACGGCGCAACGAAACGCCCUCGUCGACUUUUUCCAAGACGUGGCCCGCGACGGCAAAUGGUUCUGGGGCUGCAGCUUCUUCGACGUCAACGACAAGGCCGGCUCGCCGCGCGGUCCCCAUCCGCCCAAUUCUAUCCAUCCUGCCUGGCGUGACGCUGGCGCCUAUUGCAACCCGCAGCCCGAGCUUUCCGGAGGCUACCACUGGGAGGAGCCCGAGAUUGACGAAGCCCUGCGGAAGAAGCUGGUCACCGAAUUCAUCCCAAGAAACGAAGCAUUGACCCCCAAUUCGUGCCAUGUCAAUGAGCUGGACCCGACAUACCAGGGAGAUUGGAAGGAUGCGCUGUACGGGCCCAACUAUGCCCGCCUGCUGCACAUCAAGCACAGAUACGAUCCCAACUACAUCAUGUAUGGCCAAUGGGCGGUCGGGUCUGAUGAGUUCACCGUCGAUGGAGACGGAAGGCUUUGUAAAAUCUAG